CCCCGAGUGCCCGGCGGAGCCCGCCUGGCGGGGCGCGGGCCGCGGCGCGGCCAUGAAGCUGAAGCUGAAGAACGUGUUUCUCGCCUACUUCCUGGUGUCCAUCGCCGGCCUCCUCUACGCGCUGGUGCAGCUCGGCCAGCCAUGUGACUGCCUCCCUCCCUUGCGGGCAGCGGCUGAACAGCUGCGGCAGAAGGAUCUGAAGAUUUCCCAGCUGGAAGCUGACCUCCGCCGUCCACCCCCUGCCCCUGCCCAGCCCCCUGAGCCCGAGGCCCUGCCUACUAUCUAUGUCAUUACCCCCACCUACUCCAGGCUGGUGCAGAAGGCAGAGCUGGUGCGACUGUCACAGACCCUGAGCCUGGUACCCCGGCUGCACUGGCUGCUGGUGGAGGACGCCGAGGGCCCCACGCCGCUGGUCUCGGGGCUGCUGGCGGCCUCUGGCCUCCUCUUCACGCACCUGGCUGUCCUCACCCCCAAUGCCCAGCGACUCCGGGAAGGGGAGCCCGGCUGGCUGAGGCCCCGUGGGGUGGAGCAGCGGAACCGGGCCCUGGACUGGCUCCGGAGUGGAGGGGGCGCCGUGGGGGGAGAGAAGGCCCCCCCGCCGCCGGGGACCCCAGGGGUGGUGUACUUCGCAGAUGAUGACAACACGUACAGCCGGGAGCUCUUUGAGGAGAUGCGCUGGACCCGCGGCGUCUCCGUGUGGCCCGUGGGACUGGUGGGCGGCCUGCGGUUCGAGGGCCCCCGGGUGCAGGACGGCCGCGUGGUGGGCUUCCACACGGCUUGGGAGCCCACCAGGCCCUUCCCGGUGGACAUGGCGGGCUUUGCCGUUGCUCUGCCCCUGCUCUUGGCCAAGCCCAAUGCCCAGUUUGAUGCCGCGGUGCCCCGGGGCCACCUAGAGAGCAGUCUCCUGAGCCAUCUCGUGGACCCCAAAGACCUGGAACCCCGGGCUGCCAACUGCUCUCGGGUUCUGGUGUGGCACACGCGGACGGAGAAGCCCAAGUUGAAGCAGGAGGAGCAGCUCCAGCGGCAGGGCCGAGGGUCAGACCCUGACAUUGAGGUGUGACCGCGGCGCCACCCACCACCACAACUUCCUCGGGCGCAG